AUGUCGUUUGGCUUCUCGAUCGGAGACAUUGUUCUCUGCGGCCAAAUCACCUGUCGACUGUAUACUGCCGCAACCUCGGGCCGCCAAAAUGCACCCCGCGACUUGAGAGAAUUAGAAGAUGUGUUGCUAGGACUGACUUACUCUUUAAAUAAUGUACAACGGGUUUCGCAGCGUAUCUUGUGCCGAGGUUCCAGCCCCCUGGACUAUGACGCCGACGUCGGGCAGCAAUUAGGGUUCAUGAUCCGCUCGUGCCUCCACACUCUUCAGCUCCUGGAGAACGCCACAGACAAGUACCGAGCAACCGCUAUACCGUCUUUGGCAUGGCAGGAUGAGCACCGUGUCAAUUUUGUUUCGUCCCAGAAAUGGACCACGCAGGUCAAAUUACAAUGGCGUCGAAUCAUGUGGGAUUUCAGGGGCGAGUCAUUGACCCAAUACCGCCGGAAGCUUGAGUCGCAUACCUCUGCCAUCAACCUUCUCUUGAGUCUACCGCCGACCGUAUCGAACAAAACGGCCUCCAUCAGUGUCGACAAAUGGAGGAACUAG